ACUACAUCCCGUGGACGACAAAGGAACCCCGAAACGCCGUUAUUGGGCAGUCUCCAACCCCAGUGAUCAGGGCCAGUUGUGUCCAUGCGUGGUACCGUUGUAGCACAAGUCUCCGUAAGACUCGUCUCGGGUAUUCAUGACGCCACUGGCAAAGUGCUGUAGUGACUUGGGGCAUGGAGCGCCAUUGAUAACCAAAGAGUGGACAUUUUGGGAUUGUCUCUUGUUACGGCAUUCCCAGCAUUGUCCGAUCUUGGUGGUAGCCAAGUGACACCGUAAUCUUGACUAGGAAGUCCCGUGCCAGCCCAAAAUCAACAACAACCUUGACACCAAGCUGCAUCGGCCUGCACGAAUUUUCAAACAAGUGCCUGUUGCUCUGAAGUACACUCAAACGCAACUUUCGAGACGUCACGCACGUACACGACAGCAACAAUCACCAUGACGUUCUCGCGAGCAUCGGGAGACAAUGCCGACCGUACACUACUUGUACCUUCUCACGAAGGUCCUCAUGUGUUGCCGAACAGUCCUUUCUGGGGCAAGUUGCUUCGGCAUGCACGAAGGAAUCGAACGGCUAUCCGAGACGUCGAUUUGGGAGUGAGCAAGACAUAUGGACAGGCCUUGUCAGAUGCACUGAGCCUUCGGGCCGUCAUUGCGAGGUCACUGCCAAGGUCAAUUCUCGAUGAUAUCGCCAGGGGCGAGGAGGUCUACAUAGGAGUCCUGGCCGCUGGCGGCUAUGAAUUUACCGUGGCUGUACUUGCAAUUCUUGCGCUUGGAGCAGCCUUCGUGCCUAUGUCCGUUAGCGUCCCCGUGAACGAAGCCGCUUAUUUUGUCACCAAGUGUCGACAACGACUCAUUCUGGUCAGCUCGGAAGUGGCUCCGUUAGGCCAGGCCAUCCAAAAGCAUUUGUCCAGAGACCAAGACAUUGCGAUCCUGGAGAUCUUGCCGAACAUUCCCAAGAAGACCGCAUACACCCCAACAGACAUCUCUAUCUCUUCUAAUCCACCAAUCGAUGAAAGCAGAGCUGGAUUAGUGAUUUUCACCUCAGGCACCACGGGACGGCCAAAAGGCGCCGUCAUGCGACAUUCAUACGUACAUGAGGCAGCAAUAGCUAUCGGUGAAGGAUACGACGUCGACCACAACGACGUCGUUCUACAUGUCUUGCCUGUCCAUCACACAACUGGUUUGGCCACGUCUUUCUUUGUGUACCUGAAUGCAGGAGGCUGCAUUGAAUUCAAGCGUGGCAAUCUCGACACAGCCUGGGUUUGGGACAGAUGGCGUCAAGGCGGACUCACCGUUUUCUCAGCCGUACCAACCAUACUUCUGCGCCUGCAAUGGCAUUUUGAGCAAAAGAUACGGUCCACUCCUGAAGAGGCCGCCUAUAUUCAAGCUGCAAACCAGUUUCGGGCCUUCAUGUGCGGCUCGUCUGCCCUGCAACAGCAGGUUCAAGAGUUCUGGACAGAUAUUCGUCAAGGUAGACCUAUUCUUACCCGAUAUGGCGCUACGGAGUACCCUGGCUGCCUUAAGGUUCCGGCGGAGUUGGGAGCUGCUGUCCCCAAGGGAUGCGUGGGCCUCCCCGUCCCGGGCGUGGAAUUGAAGCUGUCCGAUGGCGACGACGGCGAACUCCUUGUGAAGUCUCCCAAUAUGUUUGCCAAAUAUCUCUUUGAUCCUGAAGCGACGGCUGAAGCUCAUGACGAAGCCGGCUACUUCAAGACUGGAGACAUCUGUCGGCGAGAGAACGGGUAUUACUACAUUAUUGGUCGUGCAUCCGUGGACAUCAUCAAGUCUGGUGGCUACAAGAUCUCCGCCAUCGAGAUCGAGCGCGCUUGCCUGGACUUGCCAUAUAUUUCAGAGGCUGCAGUAGUAGGCGUGGAGGACGAAGAGUUUGGUCAGCGUGUUGGUGCAAUCAUAUCUUUGACCGCUGGCUCGUCACCCUUGAGCAUACAGAAUUUCCGGUCCGACUUGAGGCGGGAACUUGCGCCAUACAAGUUACCUACGUUACUAAGAACUGUGGACGGCGAGCUGCCCAAGGGAGGCACAGGCAAGGUUCAAAAGAAGAUUCUGGGUCCAAAACUGUUUCCCAAGAAUUGGGCUGAGAUAGCAGAAGUGCAAUGCUACCGACCAGAAAGACGAUCGAAAGCGAGUGGCCAACUUACGGCAAAACUAUAGAACUGGAGAUCCCGAAACGAAUUUGUCCC